GGAAAAAGAGACACAGUUACUAUAAUAAAAAAGGGUAAAUACGUUUUUGGAGGUUACACGGACAUUCCUUGGGGUAAGAAAAUUGCUUGCUCAGUAAAUAAAAGCAAACAGCAAUAAAACGUAAAGUUGAGCCAGACCAGUCUUCUUAACUAUUUAUACUGCUGUAAGAACUAGGGAGGCUGGUUGUUACGUAUUAACUAUUCUGUAAAAUUGCAGAUACGUUGUAAAAUUGCAGAUACGGUUCCUGGCGAGAAUAUGCAUGGACCAUAGUAUUGACUCAAAGAUUACCGCAAGAAAGUGUAAACUACCGUAUUAUAAUAACUCACAGCAAUGUUUACGGUAAAAUCCUUUAUAUUUACCUGACGGGAUGCCCGUCGAAUGGAGAGUUAGUAAUCAAAUGUUUUCUAUCAUGAACGAUAUCAGAUAUGUCAUCUUUCGGAGAAUAAAACAGGUUUGACCCUCCCCAAUUGGUAAAAAAUUUACUAAGGACCCUCCCUCCGACGCCCCCUCCCCAAUAAAAAAACGUACCUUCCCUUGGUGUUUGUCUCCGAGGGCCUGAAGUACUGACCCUACUCGAGGAUGAGACAAACAAAAACCUACAAAAUGAGACCCCCAAAAAAACACCAACUAAGAAUUUAAAGGUAACUCAUACCCUGCGUGAGCAGAAGGCCUUUUCGUAAAUUGUCAAUCACACGCGAAGAAAAGAGAGUGUGUAUACAAACGCCGAAGAAGUCUUCAUUAAGUCGCUUUCAUGAUACUCUAAGGUAAAGUUCAGCUAACCGACAAUUUUUUUUCUCGUGUAGCUGGACAUUUACAAUUGUAGAUUCUUAAAUGUUAACCAAUUGAUAACGGUACCUUAUCUAAGAGUCACACCGGGAACUCAACACUAACAAGGGAAAAACUGAUUUAGUAUGGAAGAAUAAGACCCUCAAAUACCAUACUUUUUCGGGCGUCACAUACCUACAUGUAUCUAGCCAAAAUAUGGGAGAACCCCAUCCCCCCACUUCCAAGAAGUCAAGUUGAAGUUUAGUAAAUUGAAUCUAGUUUAAUACCUACUGCAGCUAUAAUCAUUUCUGCACAAAAGAGGUAUCAAACUCCUUAUGAUCCCGGAAUCGGUUCAAUCAGGCCCUGUUUGUAGGAGGGAGAGGGGGAGGGGGUUCUUAUCCCUUAUUCCUAAACGUUGAAAGAACGUUACUACUAAAAGUCAGGGAACACGCAGGGGGAGGUGCUGGGGGAAAAACUUGCCCCUUUCCCCGCACUUUUUGGGGGAAAUAAAAAAAAAUGUUUGCCACAAAUUUUUUUUAGUUACAUUCAUGUUAAAAAUAAAGAAGGUAUAACUGUGGCUGAAAAGAUGCAAUAUAGGCAUUGUGAUUGUUAUGGCAUUGCAAAGGCUCGAUUAAUCCGUUUCCAGAGGCGACUUUUCACGCGUGUAAACCAGCGGCGAUUUCACAAAGACUCUUCGCGAGCGCUAACAAAAACACAAUAACCUUGAAGCCAUUGUUUCGUGGGUUUUGCGAAUAUAUUAAAAUGGUUUUUCUUGGCGGCAAAGAUAUUCCCACCUUAUUAUAUCCAGCUUGCGAUCCUAUAACCAAUAAAACUGUUCUCACUAACUGAUGAACAAGGAGUCGACUAUUCGUGACGUCAAGAUCAGUUCUUAAAAUCAUUUCUUCAGAAUGAAAAGCGUAAGGUCAUCCCCCGGGCUCCUACGUAGGCGAAAGCAGCACCCUCUGCGCUUAAUGGCCGUAAGAGCUUUAGAAUGGCCUUAACUGACUUAUAAUGAUAAGUAUAUAUUAUAACGAGCAAAAUCUGCAAAACAGGCGGUAAGGGGUAAAAAAGAGAAAAAGGAAAGAGGAGAAAAAUAAGUGUCGAUCAUAAUUAAUGUAGAACCAUGAUGAACUUUCAUUACUCCCUAAAACAAUUCAAUUAUCCCCAAAAUUAUUUUGUCAAUUAUCCCUUACUGGUUCCCUUAUCCCUAAGGAAAAGGUCUGAAAGGUUAGUUACAUCACAUGUCAAUGCAAAUAAGAAAUGCAUUAUCAUUGACGUUUUCCAUCUCUGUAUAUCUGUCUUAAAAGGCUAUGUCCAUUUUCAUAACUAACUGUAAGGAGUAGCAAUACAAUAAACAAAGGGAGGAAAAAAGAAGAAAAAAAGGAAAGUUAAAAAAAUGUGUGAUUCCAUGACACUCAUGGUUCUUAUUAAAUUUGUUUUGUUUUAGGUUAUGGUAAUUCAUUUAAAGUCAAUAACAAAAAUAUAAAUAUAAAUAAAAUUUAAACUAAGGAAAAUACACUAAAGAGUAUAACUACACCACAGAGUGUACUCAAAAGUUAAUACUCACGUUUUGUUGGUUUGUUAGAGUCCAGUGGUUGGUUUAGCUAUGGCUCCACUCGGGAGGCGUUUAUUUUUUCAAUUAGCAAUAAAGAAGAACUGGAUCCCUUUGUGAGUGAGGUGAGGAGGCCAGACAUGGCAAUUCACAAGUGGUCAAGAUAUGGUCCAUGCUUUGGUUAUAACAUCUGGAUUGAUAAUAAUGCCAACGGUAACAGCUUCUCAUUCGCAGGCCUUGACGGGUACUACCCUGCUCCGGCUGCAGCGCAGGACCCGAGCACAAUCCUGGCCGGGACUUAUUACUUCUCACCUGAUGAGGUGGAGGUAUUUUAUCCUGACCCUACUCAAUAAAUAUAAAAAGAACCAUUUCAUUAUUUAAGGCCAAAAAAUAUGCAGCUAUAUUAACAUACUUACGACCUUCAAAAAAAUGUACAUCCCCAAUGGAUAUUUCUCGACAAC